AGCGGUUCACCUUUGCGUGUUGAGCAUGUGAACUGGGUUUUACCCGGAGUGGAAGUGGUGCCGUUACUGUGUUCCGUAAUGUUCUUGUUUUAUGAAUCGUCCUUCGUCCACAUGAAGAAACCCUUUCAUGCUGAAAGGCGGCACAUAUACACACGUUUCUGCUUCUGCUAAAAAUGCUGCAGCCUCCCUCUCGCCUGCUGAAAGCUGCCGUCCAGUUUGUGUCCAGAACCCGUCUGAGUUCAGGUGCUUUUAGGUGUCCGUGCAGGAACGUGUCUGUGAAGACAGGAGGAUGGAAGACCAAGAAAGUUCCUCAACGAUACCUGGGACAGCCAAGCCCCUAUACACACCCGCACCUCAUCAAAUAUGGUGAGGUAACUCCAGGUUUAACUCAGAUGGAGUUCGAGCUGCGGCGGCAGCGUCUUGCAUCACUCAUUGAGGCUCAUGCCGAGCGGCUGUCGGGUUCUAGCCGUGCCGCUGACUCCGCCCACGUUGUCAUUGUCCUGUCACACCCCAUCCGUUACAUGACCAAUGACAUUCCCUACCCAUUCCAUCAGAACCAGGACUUCCUCUACCUGACUGGGAUUCUGGAGCCGGACAGCGCUCUUGUGAUGUUUGGUUCCAGGCGACCGGACCAGGCCAUUCUGUUCAUGCCCCGUAGAGACCCAGCCCGAGAGCUGUGGGAUGGGCCACGGUCAGGGCGGGACGGGGCAGCUGCACUGACUGGACUGGAGAGGGUUCACUGUAUUGAGGAGCUGGGCAUGGUCCUCAAAAGCCUUAAAGGAGGGACGGUUUGGUAUGAUGGCUCUCAGCCUUGCCACCCUAGGUUGCAUCAGACCCAUGUGCGCCCCCUGCUGGAAACAGGCGCUGUGGCACGCUCUCUGCGGCCCCUCACUCAUUCACUCAGAGCCAUCAAAAGCCCUGCUGAAGUGGAGCUCAUGAAGGGGGCAGGUCGCAUUACCGCACAGAGCAAUGCCACAGGAGUAGAAAUGAUGCCAUGCUUUGUGACAUGUUGGCCUGACAAACUGAAAUAUACGUGGUUAGACAACGGCGCACAAUUUUCUGACCAUGCUGACCAUCUGACCGUUCUCUUUUUCAGUAAGGCUUUUAAGAAAACCAUGGCAAUAUGCAGAGGGGACAUUGAUGAGGCACUAAUCUAUGCUAAGUUUGAUUUUGAGUGUCGGGCACAUGGUGCUAAUUUCCUGGCGUAUCCUCCGGUGGUUGCUGGUGGAAACCGAGCCAACACCCUUCACUACAUCAACAACAAUCAGAUAAUUAAGGAUGGAGAGAUGGUGUUGUUAGAUGGAGGAUGUGAACAUUAUGGCUAUGUCAGUGAUGUCACACGCACAUGGCCAGUUAAUGGAAAGUUCAGUGAGGCCCAGCGUGAGCUCUAUGAGGCCGUGCUGGAGGUGCAGCUGGCCUGCCUGUCUCUCAGCUCUCCUGGGGUCAGUCUAGACCACAUCUACUCCACCAUGCUUACUCUGCUAGCCAAACAGCUCAGGGAGCUCCGAGUACUACCUCACAGUGCCAAUGACGCAGACGCUAUCAAGGCUGCCAGGCGCUACUGUCCCCAUCAUGUAGGUCAUUAUUUGGGUAUGGAUGUCCAUGACACUCCUGAGCUUUCCCGCUCUCAGCCCUUGCAGCCAGGCAUGGCCGUCACCAUCGAGCCGGGACUGUACUUCAGUGAGGAUGACGAGUCGUGUCCGGAGAGGUUUCGUGGCCUUGGAGUGCGGAUAGAAGACGAUGUGGUGAUCCAAGAACAUGGUGGUCCACUUAUCCUGUCUGAAAACACGCCAAAAACAGUGUUGGACGUGGAGACAGCAUGCACACAGACAAAAUAAUGAAGGGCUCUUUGCCUUUAAUGGUCUUCUAGUGCCCUUCUCCUGGUGAUGAGUCGGCAUCAGUGAGGAUGAAGUGUGGGCUGGAGGCGUAUAGGACACAGCAGGAAUUUUGAAGUCAGCCAGACAAGCCAUGCUGUAAAAUCGUCACUGUAUGAGGAGAGAGUGUGUGAAAUUAUGGAUCUAUGGAAGGUUUAUGUGAGUGUACAGUUGUAUGCAAAGGUUCCUAAUUUAGAUUUUUCUUAGAUGAACAGAACUAAUUUUGAUACAUUUUAAUGCACAAUUACUGUUUAUAUGCUGAAUUUAAAAGAUGCAAAGAAACAUAAAAUGCAGACGUUAUGCUACAUUUUAUAUUUUAUUUAUUUAUUAUGUAUUUUUCAGUAUAUUAAACUCAGCAAAUACAUUUUAAUUGUGCACUUAAAUUUGCAGAUAUGCCAUAUUUUAUUUCCUGUAUAGCAUGUGCUAACUUAUUUUUACUCUGAAAAUAACUAAAAUAUGUAAUCUGAACAGAGGCACCAAUUUUUGCAUACAACAGAGAGAGAAAGAGAGAGAGAGAGAGAGAAAACUGCGAGAUGGAUAUUUGCUGGAUCUGAUGGAUGACAGCAUGAGUGUGACUAACUUUGUAUGGUUUUCUUGUCCAAAACUGUUUUUUUUUUUUUUUGUUAGUCAUAAUAAAUUUUUAAUCCUACAGAAUUAUCAGUAUUUAAACCACAGUUGUGUCCUUACUAAUUAUGACAUUUGCUAGUUACGAUUUUACAGCAAGCACGUAUUUUAGCAGUGUACCUCAAAGGAAGGAUGUAAAAAUGCAUUCAUUUGAAGGUGUGAAUUGAACAGCAUUCAUUUGAGAAUGUUACAGGUGACUGUUACCCAUUAGGAUAAUAUUCAGUGUAGUAUAUUCUCAUUUUAUGGCCAUGUUGUUGGGCUAUUUUCAAGCAUAAAAAUCCAAAAUAAAGCCUGCUAGUUGAAAUUGA